AUGAGCGCAAAUAAGAAGAGCAGCCUUACGGGCUAUCUCCCAGAUAUCCUCAUGGCAGCUGCAGCACCACUAAUAGCCUACUUCGUAAUUCGCAACCUCCUCACACGCCUCGACCCGGAAGCUCAACAAAAAGAAGAGGCCCGCGCCAAAGCCUCAGCCGCCACACGUAAACUCGACGCCAUCCUUACAAGCAAGCGGCGGAAAAGCUACGGCGAAUACGACAGUGAAGAUGAGGAAGACACAGAAUCGAGGCACAGACGGCCCAGGAUACAGGAUCUCAAUUUGAAUACCUACGAGCAGACGAUUGCCAUGGAGGUGGUUGCGCCCGAGGAGAUUCCCGUGAGCUUCGAGGACAUUGGUGGCCUCGACUCUAUCAUCGAGGAGCUCAAAGAAUCCGUCAUCUACCCUCUGACCAUGCCCCACCUCUAUUCGCACUCUUCCUCGCUCCUCAGCGCACCCAGCGGUGUCCUCCUCUAUGGCCCUCCCGGCUGCGGAAAGACUAUGCUCGCAAAAGCCCUCGCGCACGAAUCCGGCGCCUGCUUCAUCAACCUACACAUCUCGACGUUAACGGAGAAAUGGUACGGCGACAGCAACAAGCUCGUCAACGCCGUCUUCAGUCUGGCGAGGAAGCUACAGCCAAGUAUCGUCUUCAUCGACGAGAUUGACGCAGUCUUGGGACAAAGAAGAAGCGGAGAACACGAGGCCAGCGGAAUGGUGAAAGCUGAAUUCAUGACCCACUGGGACGGCCUCGCAUCCAGCACCUCCUCGGGCACAUCGACCCCCCAGCGAAUAUGCAUCCUCGGCGCCACGAACCGCAUCCAAGAUAUCGACGAAGCCAUUCUCCGCCGCAUGCCCAAGAAGUUCCCCGUCGCACUCCCUUCAGCCACACAGCGUCACAACAUCUUCUCUCUGAUCCUACGCGGCACCAAAAUCGACCACCAGAACUUUGAUCUAAACUACCUAGUCCGCGUCUCGGCUGGCAUGAGCGGUUCGGACAUCAAGGAGGCGUGUAGAGAUGCGGCCAUGGGGCCAGUGCGGGAGUACAUCAGGAGAAAGAAGGCAGACGGCACGCUGAGGAGCAGUAAAGGGAUGGCACAGGGCGAUGUCCGUGGACUGAGGACAGAAGACUUCUUCGGUCGGGGAAAGGGGCUGCGCGAGAUGGAGACGGUGGACGAUACACGUGAGGAGAUGAAUGCGCGCGUACGAAGUCGAGUUCACACCACUUCCGAAGAGUCGGAGGAAGCGAGCAGCAGCGACAGCACAGCUAGUGGUGAGGAGAGAUUCCGCGACUCGGCAUACCAGGGCGCGACCAACGAGGCUGUCGUACAGUAA